AUGACAGAGGUAGUAGUGUUCCCGCGAUUCUUCCUCAGCUAUGUGCCUGAAUCUGCGGCAGAAGUCGUUCUAGAAGCAAUCUAUACUUCCACUGUGAGUCUCAUAAGACAGUAUAAAGUACUAGUCACACCUCCACUUAAUGGUCUUAUCCUACCCGGCAUUACCAGAGACUCAAUACUCGCGUUAACCAAACAAUGGGGUAAAUUUGAAGUGCGCGAAGAAGUGAUUACCAUGCCACAAGUCAGUCAACUACUCAACGAAGGCAGACUACUGGAACUGUUUGGCACUGGUACCGCCUGUGUGGUUAGCCCGAUCAAUCGCAUCAACUAUAUGGGCACAAAUCUCUACAUUCCCACCAUGGAGCAAGAGAAGCCCAUACAUGAGACGAUACGGGAGACAUUAACCGGCAUACAGUAUGGCAAAAUAGAACAUCCGUGGGCGGUGACGAUUGACUAACUACACAAGUGCGAAAGCUUUCAAUACACCGUGUUGAUAGUUUUUCCGUGCAUUGCAGUAUAUUAAUAGUUUUUAGUUUCCAUUUUUUUUUUUGUUUUUUUUUUG